AUGGUGUAUUUUGUAACAACUGAUGAUAAAAACGUCUUAUCGAGUUUACCAACACCGAAAUUAAUUAUUCCCAAAACACAUAAAGUUAUAAACAGAAUAAAAUCAAAUCCAGCACAGAACAAAUUUGUUAAAAAUGAACCUGAAGAAGUUAUAAUAAAGAGACAUAUUCAAGGUAAAGAUUUACCAUACACGUUUCCCUUUUUUAAAAGUACCAAAAGCACUUCAACUUCCACAAUAGAACAGAAGAGAAAAUUGCCAGUUGUGGAAUUAGCUUCAUAUUCAGAUUCAGACAAUCUAAAUGAGUAUUUACAAUAUUUUGAUGAACUAGAAAAAAAACCCUUUCCAUUUUUCAAUGGUAUUAAAAAGACACAUGAAAGCAAAGAUAUACUUCAAAAUUUUGAAAAUUGGUACAAACAAAAUAACCAUUCAAAGCAUUCAAAAGAUAAGGUUUUAGAUUUGAGAAGCUUACCAUCUAAAAGUUGUCAAAGUUGUGAGCAAUGUGUCUGCCCGAAUAUGAAGAAGUCGGGAAAGGUUCCGACAAUAAGUAACGUCCAUGAUUGUACAAGAAGACCUGACACGAUUUCUACGUUUAAUUUCUAUCCACCUUAUCCUCAACCACCGACAAUUAGACAAGUGCCACCAGGUCCUAAAGAUGUAAGCAUCAAUUUUCCGAUGGGAAUUGGUGUUCCAAUGGGUAUCCCAUUCGGUAUGCCAGCUGGUUAUCCAGGAGGUAUACCGGUGGGUGUUCCAGCAAAUGUUCCCAUUGCUUAUGCGCCAGGUGUAGCGCAAACCUGUUGCCAACAAAACUAUUUUAAAGAAGUAGCAACGCACAAUAAGCCUUGUCGGCACUCCAACGAUCAUUUAUAUUACAAUGAUGACGAUGAAUCUGUGAAAAUUUAUAGAGACAGCAAUGAUGACUAUAAUAAGAGGAAACGCAAACAUAAGGGCGAACUUUUUGUUAAUAUAGACUACGAUGUUGAAGAAACCAAAAAACCCAAUCAGAAUCCUUUGGGUCGAAAUAAUCCGAAUACAUUAGCGAAGGAUAUUUUUAAAGACUUAAACCAAUCAUAUACCAACACAAUUAUGAAAAAAUGUUUCUGUUGUUCCUCGACUAUUUCAGAUAUUAAUAAUUUUCUAUUGUCAAUAUUGGUUAUUAUUUUGUUUUCAAAUACACUAAUGCUACAUUAA